UAAGAUUUCUCUCUCCCCCCUCCUCCCUCUCCCUGCACCCCCACCCCCGAGUGGCCUCUUUCUUCCCACAUCCACCCUCGUGUGGGUGUCGCUUUUGUUCUCUCUCUCUCUCUGUCCCGCUCCCCCCAUCUCUUUCUCUCCCCAUCUCUUCCGCCUCCCUCUUCUUUCUCCUCCCCUGCGACUCUCCUCCUUGGUCCAAAAUUCCUUUUUUUUCUUCGUGCUCCAUUUCUUCUCCAAUAUUGCUUCCUUUGGUUCGUUUUUUGUUGUUCCCUCUCCAAAAUCAAAUCUUUCUUGUCUUUCUCCACCCCACUUCUCUGUGUAUGAGAUCAUCUCAGUAGUAGGAGUAUAUUGGGUGAUGGGGAAGUACAUGAAGAAAGGGAAGAUCACAAGGGAGGUGGCGGUGAUGGAGGUCCCCCACCAGUCCGCCCAUGGGGUCCGCACCCGGGCCAAAACCCUAGCCCUCCGGCGCCUCCAGAAGCCCAACCCAGACCCUGCCUCCUACCUCGAGCUCCGAAGCCGCCGCCUGGAAAAGCCCUUUGUCGCCACCACCACUAGGGCCAAGGGGGCCUGCAAGGAGAAAUCGAGCCCUAGCCCGAAAACCAGUUCUAACGUUAGCUCUAUGGGGAGCACGAGCCCUGGCGGCCGGCCGGCGGAGGGCCCGGUGAAUUCGGGCUCGGUGGGGUCGGUGUCGGCGAGGAGCUGCAGGUCGAAGAAAGGGGAUGCCUCGACGGAGAUCGAGGUGUCCACUGGGUUGAAUGAUCUCGAACCCGAAUCUGGCAGGAAUGCCAGAGAGACAACACCUUGCAGUUUGAUAAGGGAUCCUGAAUCUAUAGAGAUCCCCAGCUCUACAAACAAACCAACCGAAUCAACCGCCAACAGCAGGAGGAUGCGGAACUCAGUACAUGGAAACAUCCCAACCGUCCUUGAAAUGGAAGAAUUUUUUGCUGGAGCUGAGCAACCCCAACAGAGAUUAUUUGCAGAGAAGUACAAUUUUGAUCCUGUAACUGAUCAGCCACUUCCUGGCCGAUAUGAAUGGGUGAAAUUGGACUGAUAGAUAUGGAAGCUGAUUGUGUAUCUGCAACUUCUCCUUUCAUCUCUGCCCAGGAGUUUCAAUGGCAGAUGCAAAGAAGAAAGGUAGUGCAACAACACCGGUGCUUAGUUUAUUUUCUGUAACAUAGGACCUAUCAGUUAGAAGUGAAAGGCGACCAAAAUGCAAAAAGUAGUCAUAAAUGCAAAACCUUUCUAACAUAACAUUUAGGGGGUGACAGGGGUCCAUCAACUUUUCAGUUUUCUGAUAACACCAGAUAUGUAUCAGAAUUUUCUGGCUUUGUGGGGUAUAUAGGGAGUUGUACCUUAAUUUGUAUCUUGUGUAUACAGGAACUGAUGAAACUGGAUGUCUCAUUGGGAAUAAAUAUGGCCCCAUUGGCACCUUGUCUUCUAUCUCA